UAGCUAAAUAACCAUUUUUAGUUAAGCCUCUUUUUGGCACUGUUUCCAAGGAAACAAGUUGUUAUUCUCCUUUAAAUAUUCGAAUCCGUUUAACCGAAGCAAGGGAAGGUGCAUAAGCGCAGAUCGGAGAACAUUUUAUUUAGAAGCAGAAUUAUAACAGAGCUAGUUUUCUGUAGCUUUGUCAAGCAUGAGUAAGCGGACACCCUCUUCGAAAUCAUUAGCCAGAACCAGAAUAUCAAGGGGUUUCUCCUCACCAUCGGCAAUGUCCUUUGCACCUCAACCAAAGUCUGUGUUAAGACCAAAGUCAUGGACUGAUGAAGUAGAAGAAGCUUAUAGAUUUCAAAUUGCUGGGUAUAGAGAUGAAAUUGAGUACAAGGCGCUGCAAAAAGUUGAAGCAGUUGACAGGUGGCCAGAUUCCGGUUAUGUGAAAAAACUUCAACGAAAAGAUGGGACUUUCUACUACUAUAAUAAAAAAAGAGAAUGCAGGGACAAAGAUGUUCAUCGCAUGAAAAUAUAUGCCUAUUAAAUAGCAUGCUAAAAGUGUUGUCUUCUAAAGUUUUUUAGGUUGUCUGCAAAUAGUUUUAUCUCUCUUAUCAUUUAUUUUAAAGCUUGUAAAUUUGAUUUAUCAAUAUGGUACUUAAAUGUAUGCAUGUAUUAUCUCAAAUUUAACUGUUUA